UGGAGCCCGCGGCCGCCGCCGCCGCCGCCGCCACCGCCAGCGCGUUGGGAGCAGCUGCGGCUGCAGCCGGAGUGGGGGCCGGAGUCGCGGCUGGAGUGGAGGCGGCGCGUGUGAGUUGCCGAGUGUCGCCGGAACACCUCAGACUCCGGGCGGGAGCGCUUCAGGUGGGCUGAGCCGCCGUCGCCCCUCCGCACCCCCCAGACCCGCGGCCGAGACAGCGGGGCUGGGGGCUCCCAGGUGCGGCGCUGGCACCUGGCAGGCUGGGCCCUCCGAGCCGGGCUCUGGGCCUCCCUCGCUCUCGGGCCGCCUUGGCGCCCAGGCUGUGUCGGGGUAAUAGCGGCCGCGGCCCCUGCUGCUGCCGCCUCCAGCUGGGAGCGACUGGCGCCUUCCCCCCGGCUGGCUCUGCACCUCCGCCGCCUCUCCCAUUCGGGAACAAGUUUCUUUUCGCUCUCCCUUGGGAGUCCUGCCCCGGAAGGGCAAAACACCCAUCUGUGAGUCCUUCCCCAGCUCCGGGAGCGCACUUAGAAAUACUACCUACUUACCGGGAGGUGAAGGUUGCUCCCUUUUCCACUCCCUUACCUGGGACUCCAUGCCCCGAGCCUUACCCGUUUUGAUCACCAGCUCCCUGGCCGUCUCUAUGUGACUUUCCUCACCCCUCCGAGUUCCACUUUCCUCUGAGCUCCGAUCUCUAGCCCCCAGCGGAUCGGGUCAGUCCCACCCCUGGGUGGGAGUGACCCAGGGCUCUGGCCCAGAUUCCCCACCCUGGAAGGCAGCUCCAAGGCAGCGAGAGAAUUGGGCGUUGGGUACGAACCUGGCAGCUCAGCAGUGGGUGCUCCGCUCACCCCACACAAAAAGAUGAAGAAGCGCAAAGAGCUCAAUGCAUUGAUCGGCUUGGCUGGGGACAGUCGGAGAAAGAAGCCCAAGAAAGGCUCAGGCCACCGCCUCCUUCGCACUGAGCCUCCUGACUCAGACUCUGAAUCCAGCUCGGAGGAAGAAGAGGAAUUUGGUUUAGUUGGAAAUCGCUCUCGUUUUGUCAAGGGAGACUAUUUACGAUGCUGCAAGAUCUGUUAUCCCCUCUGUGCUUUUGUCAUCCUUGCCGCCUGUGUUGUGGCCUGCGUUGGCUUGGUGUGGAUGCAAGUUGCCCUGAAGGAAGAUCUGGAUGCCCUCAAGGAAAAAUUUAGAACAAUGGAAUCUAAUCAGAAAAGCUCAUUCCAAGAAAUUCCCAAACUUAAUGAAGAACUACUCAGCAAUCAAAAGCAAGUUGAGAAGAUUGAAUCUGGGGAGCUGGGCCUGAACAAAGCCUGGAUCAACAUCACAGAAAUGAAUAAGCAGAUUUCUCUGUUGACUUCUGCGGUAAACCACCUGAAAGCCAACGUUAAGUCAGCUGCAGACUUAAUUAGUCUGCCUGCUACUGUAGAGGGACUUCAGAAGAGUGUAGCUACCAUUGGCAACACUUUAAACAGUGUCCAUCUUGCUGUGGAGGCAAUACAGAAGACUGUGGACGAACACAAGAAAACCAUGGACUCACUGCAGAGUGACAUGAAUCAACACUUCUUGAAAGAGACCAGUGGAAACAACCAGAUCGUUCCAUCACCUUCGGCUAUAUCAGAAUUUGACAAUAAAACUCACAGUGAGAAUUUGAAACAGGAUAUCCUGUACCUUCACAACUCCUUAGAGGAGGUAAACAGUGCCCUAGUGGGGUACCAGAGACAGAAUGAUCUUAAACUCGAGGGAAUGAAUGAAACAGUCAGUAACCUUACCCAGAGGGUCAACUUGAUGGAAACAGAUCUGGUUGCUGUGAGCAAGGUAGAAAAGCAAGCGAACCUGUCCCUCAGUGUGAUGGAUAAUAGAGCUGCCACUCUGAAAAGAGAGUCCCUGCAUCAAGUGACCAACAGAACAGAUACAUUAAAAACCCAAAGCAUAAAGAAAGAAGAUAGUUCAGAUACUCAAGUAUCCAAGCUAAGAGAGAAACUGCAGCUGAUCAGUGCUCUCACAAACAAACCUGAGAGCAACAGGCCUCCAGACAUCAUUAACAAAGAGCAUGUACAGAGUUUCACAUCAAAGCCAUCAGUAUUGCCAAAAUUUCCACAGUCUCUUGGAGGUCAAAUUGAGAAAGCUUCCCAGCUAAGACCUGUUGUCCUACCAGGAAUUUCUAGCAUCCAAGAUCUUCAGGAUUUAUUCCACAAGACUGGCCAGGACAUGAAUGGGAAGCUGACCUACCAGGAAAUCUGGAACUCCUUAGGUUCUGCUAUGCCAAGACUAGAGACUUUGAGACCGUUUGAUUCUGAUGGCGAUGGAAGAUAUUCUUUCCUGGAGCUAAGGGUAGCUUUAGGUGUCUAGGCUCAUCAGGCAUAUUUUUAGAAAUGGGUAUAUACCUAGGACUACCUAAUACCUACUCAUCUAACAAAAACAAUCCUUUUACUUACCCAUCGAUCCUCUGGUCCUCCAAACUACUGUAGCAGACACAUUGCCAUCUUUUAACUUGUUUGAAAAAGCUAUAAAAAAAGUUAUUUUUUUAAAAAAGAAGGCCAUUUUACUUAUAUUCAGAAAUCUAUGAUUUCCUAAAACCAGAAAGAUCUUAAUUUCAAAACCUAGAAAAAAGUCAAGCCCUCAUUUUUUUUUUUUUUUUUUUAGGGAAGGAAACCUUAUCUUUUAAAACUGGAAAAUGUAUAUAGAGAGUAAGCCACCUUUUAUAUUUCACGUAAAUUUGCCUUAAAUUAGCUGCACUUUAUACAGACUCAGAAAAUGUCUUUCCUUUAAAAGCUAGACCUUUUCUGUUUGUAAAUAUUUAAAAUGAAAGAAAGAAUUGUGCAUAUUUUGUGGGAAGUCGGAAGAAUGGUUUGAAACAGGCUGUGAACAAAUGACUUGUUAUUAAAAAUCACUAACGUGUUAACAGCUUAAACUAUGUCCAUGUCUUGUUAAGGCACCUCCUUCACGUGCUACCUCCAGGCUCAGGAAAGUAAGAUUCUGGCAAAGGAACAAAGGUUCCUGUCCACCUCAGCUGAUCCCACCGGUGAAUCAGAGAAGUCUUGGUGGAGGCCUUUCUCACUUUUAAUCCUAUUUCAGGGUUUAUGAGCCUAGAGUUAUCCAGUGGGGAGCUACAUUUUCUCCACCAGGUGAGCUAGGUUGUCUUCCCCCACUCGCCGACCCAAGCCUCUCUUAGAACUGUAGCCAACUCUCAGCUCUGGUCCAAGUUCCAUUCUGCAUGGCAGGGCUGCAUCCUCUGCUAUGCCAGCCCAGCUACCCAGGAGGAGCUGUAAGGGAUGGCUUGGCCCCUCAUUUUGACCCGAGGAACUCCUUGAGAUUUUACCGGAAGUCUUACCAAAAAGUACCUAGUACAUUCCUCUGUGGGCUGACGCCAAAGAGGUAGUAAAGUGCAGCACCUGAAAUCAUAUCAGGUUCCCUCACAGUUGUCAGCUCAGAAGCAGCCAGAGGCAUUCUGUCCAGAGGAUGCCAAACAGUAUCAGGCAGGCCUGGAGCAGGGGGCAUCACAUGAUGGCAGCAAGUUUUUUUCAUAGCUCAUAAUAAGCAAGCACAAUACUCUUCCCCUUAAAGACUUCUGUAGACCUGGUACAAAAGGUCCCCAGACUGGAAGGAAUCACACACCCAUGUUACGUGUGUGUGUGUGUGUGUGCACGCGCGCGCACGUGGGCACAUGCUAUUCUUCGAAGAAGGUUUUGGGCAACAUGAAAGGAAAAACUGAAAUGUAACUGUUUUGUAGUCCAAGUCAGGGAGAAACUAGAGCUUUCAUGGCACAGACAUCGUUAGUGGAGCUCGUUCACAUUUUAACUUUGUCCAGGUUACCCUGUUACCCAGGGAUACUGUCAAGCACCCUUAAACAUUUAAGGGCUGGUUUUUUUCUUUACGUGAUAUUCAGUUCAGCCACUGGCUAACCUUGAUUUGUUUUUUUCUGAAAGUAUUCAAAUUUAGUUAAAACAAGAUGAGGUUUUUUCCUACUAAUGUGUCUAUUUACCUCAUUAUGGCUUAUGCUUCUCUUUUGUUUUAAGACAAUACUUCCUUCACCUAUCUGAACUUUUUUUCUUUCUUGGAAAGGUUAAAAUAUAGCAUAAAAUUCACCUGGCACUUUAGGUAACUUGAAGACAACUCUUUCUUCUAGCUACCUUCCAUGCUGCCCCCCCCCUUUGAAAUCUAUAUACCCUUACAGAUUUUGUAACAACCAAAUAAAAUUCUAGCAAUAAACUGAAUUAUACUGCUAUA